AUGACCACCAACCAGCCCCUAGGACCAGAAGUCCUCACUCCCCCAGCACAAUCACCAACCCCCCAUCCCCUUCCUGGCCGGACCAUAACCCUACACCCCAUCCAAGAAUCCCACACUGAGGCCCUCUGGAAUCUCGUCGGCGGCACCACCGACCCCCAGAAAGUCUCGGUCUGGACCUACCUGCCCGAAGGCCCUUACUCAGACAGCACAUACACGGAAUUCGAAGCCUCCAUCCACCAAAAGACCACCAGUCAAGACCCCCUCUUCUACACGAUCCUCGACAACCGCACCCAAAAGCCCCAAGGCUGGAUCACGCUCAUGAGCAUUGUCCCAGAGCACCUCCGCCUCGAAAUCGGGAACGUGCUCUUUGCCCCGGAACUACAGCGCACGACGGGUGCCACAGAGGCGGUGUAUCUGUUGCUGCGGCAUGCGUUUGAGGAGCUGGGGUACAGACGGGUGGAAUGGAAGUGUAAUGAUCUGAAUGAGGGGAGUAAGCGGGCGGCGAGACGGUUGGGGUUUGUUUUUGAGGGGGUGUUUAGGGAGCAUAUGGUUGUCAAGGGGAGGAAUAGGGAUACGGCGUGGUUUUCGUUGCUCAGGGCAGAGUGGGAGCAGGGGGUGAAGGAGGGGUUGGAGGGGUGGUUGCAUCCGGGGAAUUUUGAUGAGACGGGGAAACAGAGGAGGGGGCUGGAGGGUAUGAGGGAAGCGAGUUGGGGACAACAUAACACAACGGCCACCGCGACCGCCUUCCUCAUCCUAGACGUCCAGCAAGGAGUCACGGGCCAGAUCCUCGACGACGACUCCACCCCAGAAAGAGAAUCCUACAUCGACCGCCUCGCCUCCGUGGUCAAAGCCGCCCGAGAUAAACCCAUCCGGAUUAUUCAUGUGAAAACAGCCUUUCGUCGUGGCUUCCCUGAUUUACACCUUCGCAAUCCCUCGGCACAAAGAGUCAUUCCAACAGGGAGAUACACCGAGGGACACGAAAGCGUUGAGUUCCAUCCGACAGUGGCGCCUCACGAGAAUGACAUUGUAACCACUAAACGUCGGGUGUCUGCCUUUGGAGGCUCCGACCUUGAGGUGGUCCUUCGCAGCUCCCACAUUGAGAAUCUCGUUGUGGUUGGCCUGAUCACUAGCGGGGCAGUCCUGUCCACGGUUCGACAGGCAGCCGAUCUGGAUUAUGGGUUGACGGUGCUCGAGGAUCUCUGCUUGGAUCGAGACCAGGAAGUGCACGACGUUCUCAUGAAGAAGGUCAUUGCAAAACAGGCCGAUGUGGUCGGAUCCGAGGAGUGGCUAGCCCGUCUGUAG